CUGGUAACCUGGAAUGGAAUUAUGAAAAAGGCUGAUUCCCCUCUAGGCUGGCAGCUCAUUCUAAUGACAUGGAAGCUCUAUCAGUAAGGCUGGCAGCUUUCUCUGUCAAACAUAAGAAGCAUUUCCAAGGAUGGACAUCCAUACUUCUUCUUCAUAGGCCAUUUUUUUUUUUCUUCAAUGCAUACAAUAAAAAUCCAAAAUAAUAUGUGGCAACACCCAUGUGUACACAUCUUUGCAAUGUAGCUAUGCAACCUGUUUUAAUUUAAAUGGUUGACCUUACAAAAAUGCAUUUUCGUGGUUCAGGCAGGUAACCUUACUGUGUAAUCCAUUCCACGUUUCACCCUGGACAGUGCUAAAAAAUUACCCAGAAUCCCCUGCAUUGGCAGCCAACUCAGUCACUCCUCACAGCACAGAUGGACGGAAAAAGAGAGCCUUUCAAGACUAAAGACAACAACCAAAUUCUGUGCAAAAGAGAAGACAAGAAGUUAUGUGAGUGUGAGACAGAAGAGACCGGUUACAAGCGAGAAGACAAGAAGAAGAAAAGUCUUUUUCUAUGUUCCAAACCCUCUGUGACCGACAAAGUUGUGACUUCAGUGAUCAACUCCAUAUCCCGAAAAGGACCAUUCAUACUUGAAUCCUGGGAGGAGGACUUGGCUCAAUCCAUCUUGGAGCUAGAAAUGCAUGUUGAGCAAGAAUACGCCAUUGAUAUCUUCAAAUGUAUGAUGAAGAACCAGUGGAAGUACGUGUUUCGUGUAGAUGACAUUCCGAAGUCUGUGACCACAGAAAUGCGGUCCAUGCUGGUAGAUUGGUUGGUCCAAGUUCACGAAUAUCUGGGCUUGCAGGAGGAGACCCUUUAUCUUGCUGUCUACCUAAUGAAUUCCUACAUGAAGGCUCACAGUAUCCGCACAUACCUGCUUCAGCUCCUCGCUGCCAGCUGCCUCUUCAUCGCCUGCAAGAUGGAGGAAACUCUUAUCCCUGAGCCAGCAGAGCUUUGCUUCAUGAUGGAAGACUCCUUCAGCAAAAAGGAGCUUAUGAAAAUGGAGAAGAAGGUCCUCAGCGGCUUGAGAUUUGAGCUGCAAUACACCCAACCCCUGCACUUUCUGCGCCUACUCUCUGUCACUGGGAAGUGUCUUGAAAAGGUUCAGUAUCUUGCCAUGUACUUCAUGGAGCUGACUCUGCUUGAGGCUGAUGGGGCAAUGAUUGAGCCAGCGCUCUUGGCUGCUGGUGCACUGACGUUGGCACAGAAGGUUUCCCUGGAGUCUGGAUCCCUGAGCCCUGAUCAGAUGUGGCAUGGGGCACUUUAUACAUACAGUGAUACGGAACUAACCAGCCCUCAAUAUCUUAUGGCUAAAGCUGCCCUCCGCGCCAACACAGAUUCCAAAUCCACCUGGCAAAAGUAUUCACGCCCUCAGCAGCUUGGGGUAAGCACAGGCACUGCCAUGGCCAACUCCAAGCACCUUGCCCGCUGCUUGGGCUUCUUAUGCCCUAAUACCGGCUAAUUCUGUCCACGUCAGACAGUUCAUUACUGGUUUGAUUAAAAAGGUGGUCAUUUGUGUAACCUCUGUCAUGAAUAUCACAACGUCUACAGUCCGGUCGCUGCGGCGAUGAAUAUGACUGUAUGUGCAACUAAUAAAGCUACAUUAAUCCAACAACAACAAAAAAUAUAUAUUUUAAUGCGUUAACUGUUCUCAAUAUGAUAAUUUGGAGCAUUUCCUGUUUUGGCAUAUAUAUGUGUAAUAUAAAUAUAAUUUUGUUAUUUUUAUUUAUUUUUAAAGGUUAGGGGGAGAUUUAGCAAUGCUCGGGGAGAGAGAUAAAGUACCAGACAAUCCUCUCCUAACUGCCGUAUGGUUUAAAAAUAACAGGAGCUGAUUGAGUGGUACUUUAUCUCUCUCCAAGCUCUGCCCCUUUGUUUCUAGAGUUUAAAUAGAUUUCCAGUUUGUGAAAGCAAUCGUUUUUUUUAUAUGUGUAUUGAUGGCUAUGUAUUCUGUCACAUGCUUGUGUAUGCCUGCAUUUUUAUACUCUGUAUGCUUGUCAUUAUUAAUUAAUGUAUGUAUAAAAAAAAUAGGAAAUUUGCUUUUCCAAACAUUGUCAAAAAAGGAAACAGAACAUGGUUAAUAAAGUGAAUAUUUUAUGUA